ACCAUACGUUUUUAAUGAUCAAGAUUGCAAGUUCAAUAGGGAUGAUUCCCUGAAUUCGUUCUUUCUUUUUUUGGUGAAGAUGUUUAUUGAUAGAAGAAAAGGCGAAGGAUUAAAAUGGUUUGAGUGUUUAGAGAAGAGAUGUGGUCAAAACCUCGUGCUUGUGACGUUGUAUGGGGUUGGUUAACAGUAUCUCAUCAAAGAAAGUACAACAUCUUGAACAAGCGUCCAACCAAAUGGAAAUAGAGGUGGGUUCCGAAUUGUGUAGAGAAAGUAUCAUGCAUUGGUGAUAACGAUACAUGUGAGUUGCGCACGUUUCCUUUGGCGACUCACUCACAACACGGGGCAGUUGAACAGAAGUUGUUGGAUGUAGUUGGCCCUUUGAGCUUUGGUUGCAAUGCUGGGAUACUCAAAAGACUAGCCCUCCUUUUUAUUUCAAUAUGGAGCCCCGCAUGGAUGGAGAUGGAGAACAAGCCCCGCCACCACCACCACUACCACUAUUGCCACUGCCAUCUCAAGCCUCUUCUUUCCUCUUCACACCCUCAUUGCCAUCCUCCUCAAUGCACCCACAUCUUCAACUCCCACCACCACCACUACCACCACUGCCGCCACUACAAGCACAAAUCCUUGGAGAUAUUGACUGGGCUACCCUUCUCUCCGCCCAAACCGGGCUCAGCGACCUUUACCCAAGAGCUGAAGGCACCUCUUCUGUAAUGGCCGAGGAAGAAAAGGGCAGCAUCAAGGAUAGGAGGAAGGGUGUUAGGACGACGAGAAAAGCAACCCGACCGCGGUUCGCCUUUCAGACGAGGAGCGUGGAUGAUAUUCUUGAUGAUGGAUAUCGCUGGAGGAAGUAUGGGCAGAAAGCUGUGAAGAACAGCAUCUAUCCCAGGAGCUACUAUCGCUGUACACAUCACACAUGCGAUGUGAAGAAACAGGUACAGAGGCUCUCAAAGGAUACAAGCGUUGUGGUGACAACAUAUGAAGGCAUCCACAACCAUCCCUGUGAGAAGCUGAUGGAAACCCUAAGUCCUCUCCUGAAGCAAAUACAGUUCCUCUCUAGAUUCUAAGCCCUGCCCCUUUCCUUUUGAAGAAGAGAAGAUGCAGAAUCAUUUUCUUUCUUGGAAUUUCUAUGGUUGAUUAAUUACUAUUACAUAGAAGUAAUGCGCCAAUGUCAAUAUAUGUAUGUGUAUUUACUUGUACCCAACAUGUGACAACUACUUCUAUAUAUUUAUAUAUUUGAUAUUAUUGUGUA